AUGCCGAUGAUGCGCGAGAGUCCCACUUCUCCAGAGCUCGGCUUUCGACGCCUUUUGCAGACAUCAGCUGGGUUCGCUGACUCACCUAGCCGCGAACCUCCUUUCUUGGUUCCAGCACUACCUCCAGAACUGCAUCAGCAUAUGGUCUCCCUCCUGCCUUCGUUAACACCCGCAACUCCUGCCAGUUUAGCCACUUUGCAUGGUUGGCCUCUUGACCGUUCCGCACGUUAUCCCUCCGGUAGCCAGCCUGUUUUCAACAGUAGCUGUGUCCAAACCUUGGGGGCUAAUGAUCGUCCUUCCGCUUCCAGCCUUCAAGUUGAAUCCUCGGACAAUAUACUUGAUGAUGAUCCACACGCUGAUGCUGAUCGUCUUUGCUCUCCUAGCUUACUAUCUGUUGCGGCUGUAGCUGCUGAUGGUGGCGUUGGACCUGCCUCAGCUGGGACUGGUGGCAACUCAAGCAGCACCGGCUUAGCAUUGACCAGGCCGGUUCCACCCACUCCCACUGGCACAGUCGGUGUUUCUUUGUUGACUACUCCAUUCGAGCCUAUGCAACUAUUCACUGCAGGGCAAUGGACUACUCCUAACACGGCGACUAUCUCCAGCACAGGUGGCGUCAACAAUGGUAGUUCGUCUGUGUCUGUAGUUACAGUAACUUCAGCACCUCUGGCUCUUACAUCUGCUGUACCUAACCUAGCUGUGCCGGCACCAUCUGGAGCCAGUACUCCCAUUUCAAUGGCUUCGCCAAGUCCGCCAGUAGGUUCGGCUAUAGGUCAGCAGUCUCAAGUUGGUGGGAUGACUGAAGUGGUAUUUGGCGAGCUGGAUUCCGUAAUUAAUAUAGAUGACACGCUUUUUCAGGCUUUUGUCAACGCUUUUCAGUUGGAUUUUGGAAAUGUAGAAUACGAAGGUUAUGCGAGCGAACUUUUCGACUUGGAGGACCUGGUACCAUCCGUUCCUGAAAGCGCAGGUGUGCCAUUAAAAUUGCAACCAUUUAAUCUAUCCUUUACCAUUUUAUGCUUUGGCCUAUCUUUAUCUUUACAUUCUACCUAA